UGUUGUGUAGCAACACAUCACAGACAUUAAGCGAAGAGUACCAAACAGCACGGGUCACUGAGAAGACACUGAAAAUGACUGGCAUUGUGCAAAAGCUUCAGCACAACCGAGACAAAUUGCAAGGCAUCGGAACUCACGAUAAGGCAGUGCCAUACCUCAACCAGGACUAUGAGGCUUUGAAGCGAAGCUGCCUGGAAAGAGGACGCCUAUUUGAGGAUGAAAGCUUUGAGCCACUUCCAGCAUCCUUGGGCUUCAAUGAACUUGGACCCGGAUCCUAUAAAGUUCGAGGCAUCAAGUGGUUGAGACCCACGGAAAUUGUUUCUAAUCCCAAAUUUAUUCUGAGCGAUGCCACCAGGACUGACAUUUGUCAGGGAGCACUUGGUGACUGCUGGCUCCUGGCGGCUAUUGCGUCCUUGACACUCAACAAGCAGAUUUUGUCCCGUGUUGUUCCGCAUGACCAAAGUUUUGAUGAGGACUAUGCUGGAAUCUUCCAUUUUGAGUUCUGGCAGUUUGGUGACUGGGUGGACGUGGUGGUUGAUGACCGCUUACCCACCAGAGAUGGAGAACUGCUGUUUCUCCACUCUGAGGAUGGAUCUGAGUUUUGGAGUGCCCUGCUGGAGAAGGCCUACGCCAAGUUAAAUGGAUGCUACGAGGCUCUCUCAGGAGGAAGCACCACCGAAGGGUUCGAGGACUUCACUGGAGGCAUCGCUGAGAGGCAUGACCUAUCCAACCCCGAUCCUCACCUCUUUAAUAUCUUAAGGAAGGCCCUGGAAAGAGGCUCCCUUCUGGGAUGCUCCAUUGAUAUCACCAAUGCAGCCGACUCUGAAGCUAUUACGCAUCGCAAGCUGGUGAAGGGCCACGCCUACUCUGUGACAGCAGCUGAGCGGGUGGAGUACAGAGGAGGCAUGGAGGAGCUGAUCAGAAUCAGGAAUCCAUGGGGUCAGGUGGAGUGGAAUGGAGCCUGGAGUGACAAUUCUUCUGAGUGGAGAUCUGUAAGCGAUGAUGACCGCCAGAGGCUGACUAACCGCCAGGAAGAUGGGGAGUUCUGGAUGUCAUUUUCUGACUUCCUGAGAGAAUAUUCUCGUAUAGAGAUCUGCAACCUCACACCCGAUGCCCUAACAUCAGAGUACAGGAAGUGGGCGGAGAUAGAGUUUGAAGAAACCUGGAGAGCUGGAGCUUCUGCUGGUGGCUGCAGAAACUAUCCUGAAACCUUCUGGACAAAUCCUCAGUUUGUCAUAAAACUUGACAAAGUGGAUGAUGACCCCUAUGAUGGAGAAGACGGCUGCACAUUCAUCGUAGGAUUGAUGCAGAAGAACAAACGUCGCAAGAGAAAAAUGGGGGAGGAUAUGGAGACCAUUGGCUUCCUCAUGUAUGAGCUGCCUGAGGAGUAUUAUGGCGCCACGCAAGUGCACCUGAAGAAAAAUUUCUUCUUGCGUAACCGCUCAGCAGCACGCUCUGAGACCUUCAUCAAUCUCCGAGAAGUGUCCAGCCGUCACCAUCUGCCCCCUGGGGAGUACCUCAUCAUUCCCUCCACAUUUGAGCCCAACAAGAAUGGAGACUUUUAUAUACGGGUAUUCUCCGAGAAACCAGCGGAUUUUCAUGAGAUUGACGAUCCCGUUGAUUGCCAUGUUAAACAGAUUGACAUCGAUGAAGGCGAUAUUGAUGACAGGUUCAAGAGACUGUUUGGACAGCUGGCCGGACAUGAUGUGGAGAUUUCUGCAUUUGAGCUGCAGAGAAUCCUCAACAAAGUGGUUAAAAACCGAGGGGACAUCAAAACUGAUGGGUUCAGCUUGACCACGUGUCGCAACAUGGUCAACCUGCUUGACAAAGAUGGAAGCGGCAAACUAGGACUGGUGGAAUUUAAGAUUUUGUGGACCAAGAUUGAAAAGUUUUUGGACAUUUACAGAGAAAAAGAUGCAGACAAUAGUGGCUGCAUGAGCUCUUCUGAGAUGCGGUUAGCAGUAGAAGACGCUGGUUUCUCACUCAACAACCAGUUGCAUCAGAUCGUCGUUGCUCGCUACAGGGAACCAGACUACUCCGUAGACUUUGACAACUUUGUGUGCUGCCUUAUCCGCUUGGAGUCACUUUUCCAUGCAUUCCAGUCCAUAGACAAUGGUUCUGGUGUUAUAGAGUUGACUUACUUGCAGUGGCUGGAAUUGUCCAUGUUAUAGAGGAGCUGCUUAUACUCUUUAAAAGAAGAAGAAAAGAACAAUCAUCACUUAAAUGGGGAGUUUGCAGUUUAAAAAAACACAUGCAAAAUUUAGAUGUAGCCUUACUUUACUAUUAAAGCCUCACAAGAGUACAUGUUCGCAGUUAUUGUGAAUUGUGACCGACAGAGGUUAGGUUUAGCCUUCAGGGAUUUUCCCAUCAUUGAUGUGCAAAUGGAGUCCAUUUGUCGAAUAUUAUCAUUUCACUGCUUCUUGAUUUCAUUGUUCAUGGUUGUCACAACAUGGAGCCAAAUGAUUGACUUGUUGUUGGUCAAACUUCCUGUGUGUCAUUGGUUGUUCUUUGUCAGGUGCGGUGGUUUCUGAAAUAAGCUACAAAAUGGGGAGGAAUGUUUUAUUUUUCAGAUCAUGUUACUAAAUAAUUAAUUACUCCCAGCUUUAUACUGACCGUUAACAAAUAUGACAAAUUAAAGUAUGAACAAGAUUUCUUUUAAUGCAAACUCCUCCCUUAAAUGAAUAUUUGCUCUGUUUUGAAUGCAUUUUUCUUUGGAUAUGGUGUGCUACUUAAUCUGUCAGUUAAGGGAAUGAUUGUUCUACAAAACAAUCCAUCAUAAAUUCUGUUUAUUCAAUAAAGAUUUUUUGGGAGCUUCA